UACUAGGAAACCCAGUCGUGUGCCGAAUAUCAGUAUACCAUCGAUCGCCCAGUUGAGCGGACGCAAAUCGCGAGUUUGAACCUCUUAUUGUAAAUAUUAAAAUCCUCAGUGCUAUACGAUGGGUCUGAGAAAUUCUAAGACAAAGCAGACCUAUGAAGUGAAAACUUCGGAGCCAGCACCACAGGCACAACUGAACUCUGACCCCCCAGCUCCGGUUACCAAGUCGGAACCAGAGAUUGAUCGUAGCAACUUGGUGCCCAAAUGGCUGAAUGAAACGCAAUUUGAGGAAUUUCUAACUACAAAUGUAGCUGAGUUCUCCAAAAUAGUGGGUUUCCGGGUUAAGCCCGCCUUGUCCCCCGGCGAAAACUAUGCCACUCUUAUGCUGAGGAUCAGCAUAGAUGUGGAGCUCACUGACAAGAGCACCAAGCUGGUAUCCUUUAUGAUGAAAGUUCCUCAUGAAACUCCGCAAAUGGAUCAAAUGAUGGCCCUUGCUAACUUUUUUAACAGCGAGAACAUGGCCUAUAUUGACAUUCUACCGAAAUUGGAGGAGCUCUAUAAGACCAAGGGUAUGGAUAUUAAUUUCGCUCCGCGAGCAUUCCGACUGGACUCCACCAAGGAGCCCAAGCUGGCCAACACGGUGCUGAUGAACGAUCUUGGCCAGAAUGGGUAUAAGAAUUUAAAUCGUCUGGAGUGCCUGAACUUGGAACAAACCAAGUUUGCCCUUACAAAAUUGGCUCAGUUCCAUGCAGCCGGUGCUAUGAUGGUUCAGGUUAAUGGACCCUAUCCUGAUGUGUUCAUUCACGGCAUUAUGGGAGAUAACAUGGAGGCCAUAAUGGCUUUUAUGGAAGGAAUGUUGGGAUCUUUUCGAACGGCGUUUUUGGCCAAUCUAAAUAAGUUCAAGAACGGAGAAGCCCAUCGCGAGAAGCUGGAAAAAAUUCUUUCUUGCCUAACUACUGAGUUCAUGAAAAUCGGUGUCAUAGAUAAAGAUGAGUUCAAUGUUCUGAACCAUGGCGAUUGCUGGAUGAAUAAUCUGCUGUUCAAGGUGGACUCCCAGGGGAAUUUGGAGGACAUGGUCUUUGUCGAUUUCCAGAACCCCAAAUACGGCACCAACACCAUGGACUUACUCUACUUUAUCAUGACUUCGGUCCACAUAGACUACAAGCUGGAUUACUUUGACUUCCUAGUCAGGCAUUAUCACGAACAGCUGACCAAGCACUUGGAUAUUUUGGGAUUUACUGGACACAAGCCAUCCUUAAGAGAAAUGCACAUUAAGAUGAUCAAGUACGGAGGAUGGGUUCUAUUCCCAACCAUCGCCGUAUUGCCUGUGGUUCUUCUGGAUCCUAGUGAGUCAGCCACAUUUGAUAAUUUCUUGGGAGACUCCGAAGCUGGCGUUAAUUUCAAGAACUCUUUGUAUGGCAACAAGCGGUAUCAACGAUACAUUGAACGAAUUCUGCCUUGGCUAGAGAAUAGGGGUUACCUGGAACCAAGUACUGAACCAAUCGCAACUCCCGCCGCAUCGAAGCCUCUACAGCAAGCGCAGCCUGAGAAUCCUGACCAGAUCCUGGACUGGCUUAAUGUUAGCGACUUCAAGGAGAUCAUCUCAUCCACCGAACCCAAUUUUGAGAAGAUUGUAGGUGGUUCGUGGAAGUCGGCCACGAAACCUGGUGACAACUUUGCUUCUAAGCUCCUAAAGGUUGAUAUCGAGGCACAGUUAAAAGAUAAUGCCGUCAAGACCUUUUCGUAUAUCCUAAAAGUGAAUACAGCCAGUGACAUGAUUAACUUCGCCGACCUUAACCUGUUUCCCAAGGAGAUCGAGAUGUACAGCACAUAUGUACCCGCUUUUGAGCAGCUCUAUAAGGACGCUGGAUUGCCUGUCACAUUUAGUGCCAAGUCCUUCCGGCUCAGCAAGGAUGUCAGCGAAGAAUUGAUUUUGGAGAACCUGCAGACAGGCGGUUUCAAGAUGUGCGAUCGCAUGAAGGGAAUGGACUUGGAGCACAGCAAGAGCAUUAAGAAAUUGGCUCAAUGGCAUGCAGCCUCUCUGAAAUACAAGGAACUCAAUGGAUCCUACUCGCCGAAAUACAACAAUGGCAUUUUUACAGAACAAACUGCUGCCAUGUUCAAGGGUAUGUUUGCUCAAACGAAGAAGACGUACAUGGAGGAAGUGGCCAAAUUUGAUGGCGUCGAUGAGUAUUGCACAAAUUGUGGUGUUGGACGCCAUGUCGACAAAAUUAUAGAAGACGCCAAAAUCAAUGAGGAAGAGUUCAAUGUGCUCAAUCAUGGCGAUGCCUGGAUCAACAACAUCAUGUUCCAAUAUGACUCGGAGGGACAUGUCAAGGAAACCUUCCUACUGGAUCACCAACUAACGAAAUACGGAAAUCCUGCCCAGGACCUGUACUUUAUAAUGAGCUCCACUCAGCUCGAUAUUAAAGUCGAUCAGUUUGACUCUCUCAUCCGAUGGUAUCAUCAAAACUUGGUGGAACAUGCUACAUUGUUAAAGUACAAUGGUUUUGUACCCUCUCUGAAGGAACUGCACAUUAUUUUAAUAGAGCACCCAACUUUGGUAACUUACAAGAUAGUCCAGAUCCCGAUAUGAAAACUAACCGAUUGUUUUUUUUUUAGCGGCGGUAACCAUGCUUACCACCUGACGAUUUGCCUGAACGAGGCCGAUGAAAAUUUCUCCACCGAUGGCUUAGGAGAGAACAAAGAAGCGGAAUCAUUGAGAUCGGCACUUUUCAGCAACGAACGUUACAGGGCCAACAUAGCCGUUAUGCCAUGGUUAAAUAGACGAGGAGUGCUUGAUGCUUUCGCCACUGAGAAAGCCCAAUAACUACUCUUAGACUUGACUGAAACAAUAAAAAGCUUUUUAUAUCAGCUGUAUAUAGGAA